CUCCGGAAGGGGGCGAUAGUGACUCCACACUGACGCUGCAGCACCGCGGGAAGAAACAACCGGAAGCGGCGAAAGCGGACGCGCAAAGAUGGAGGCAGCCGUGUUCAUUUCAUCCCUCGUCGACUGCUGUGCUUUAAUCUUCCUCUCCGUGUAUUUGAUCAUCACUCUGUCUGAUCUGGAGUGUGACUACAUCAACGCUCGAGCCUGCUGCUCCAAGUUAAACAAAUGGGUCAUUCCUGAGAUGAUCGCUCAGGCUCUGGCCACGGUCCUGAUGCUGGUCUCCAUGCACUGGUUUGUGUUCCUGCUCAACCUCCCCGUGGCCUCCUGGAACGUUUACAGAUACGUCAAGGUUCCCAUGGGGAACAUGGGAGUGUACGAUCCCACAGAGAUCCACAACAGAGGCCAGCUCAAGUCCCACAUGAAGGAAGCCAUGAUCAAACUGGGCUUCCACCUCCUCUGCUUCUUCAUCUACCUGUACAGCAUGAUCCUGGCUCUCAUCAACGACUGACCCGCAAGCGUCUUCACAACACAAACUGCCAAAUCAUGAACUGGCCUUUACAUAUAGUGAAUGAUCUCCAUGCAUCCCAAUCAGAAGAUCAGCCCAGCUCUCCUCAACACAUCCUCACUAAAGACCCCCAGAAACGGCUCGUCUGCGGACCACAACCCCCCCGCAGGCGCUCUCGUCCCGUCACGUGUCUGUACCUCACUGUGGUUUCUCUGAAUCUUGCACUGCUUCUCAGGGCUGAAGCAUCAAGACAAUCGCACUGAAUCACUCGCCGUCUGUUUGACCAGCAGCUGCUCACAAAACAAGCUCACAGUCUCCACCACUGGAUAAAAAAUCUAAUAAAGGUAACUGUGACUAUCACACAAUUCUGAUUUUUUUUUUUUUUUACUUGCAAUUCUGAGAGAGUAAAUGAGAGAGCUAGAUGUAAACUUAGAAUUUUGAGAUAUAUGAGGAUUUUGUUUCAGAAUUCCGAGAUUCUGAACUUGACAAAUUGUAAUUGCAAAAAAAAAAAAAAAGCCUGAAUUGUGAGAAACAAAGUCGGAAUAUAUUUCAUAAUUAUCACCUCUUCCCCUCAGAAUUGCAAGAUUUUACAGAACAGUUCUGAGUUCGUAUUGUACAUUUCGAACAUUGUUUUUCACGUACAGCAUUGCGAGAUAAAAACUCAGAAUGAACUCACAAAAAGUCUGAAUUGCAAAUAUUCCAAUUAUGUGAUUAAAAAAUAAAAACUAAACUUGCAAUUGCGGAAUUGUGAGGAAAAAAGUCUAGUUUCUAACAAUUCUGACUUUUUUUUUUCUUUCUCAGAAUUGCAAGAUACAAAGUCUGAAUUAUGAGAUAUAAACUACAUUCUAAUUUUUUCCAUCCCUUGGCAGAAUAUAAAGAUAACAAAGCCUGUUUUAGGACCAAGAUUAUUUUUAUGACAAUUAAGCACAUCGUCAUUAAUGUAAGGUCUUUUUUUUUUUCAUAAUUCUUAGUACACUCCAUGUUUUUGUUUUAAAAUAAAAGUUAAAUGGUACAACUAUUACUGUGAUGCACAUGUAUUACCAAUUACAGUUUUUAUGAUUUAAAUAUUGUCUUUUUUACAGCAAUGAGAAACAGUUUUUUUUUUUUUUUACAUUACAAUAAUAAUGACAAAUUAGAAUCAAAACAUCCUUAACUGUCGCUUAAAUGUCAAUGCAAGAAGUCUUAAUGGUUUAAAAUAUAUGCAUUAUUUUUGUUUUGAUGAGCUGGACAUGUUCUUAAGUUUCAUGAUUUUUAUUUUUUUUCCCUCAUCCUCAUCCACUUGCAUGCUUUUGUAAACUGUCUGUUAUUGGAAGUGUUGUCUGUGUAUGUGAACCUGUUUACAGAUGAAUGGCGUGUGACUCAGAGGAACUCUAGAAUAACCAGAACAAGCACUAAUGUGUUCAUCACAGCCUCUCUGAAUCACAUCUGAGCCGUUUCACCAACUUCCUGCUAAUGACAUUUCAAUGGCUUGUUUUGAGCAGAUAUCAUUGAUUUUUGUGUCUCCUGCUUUUUAUGAUGUUCAAGAACGAGUCAGAGUUUUAUCAGAUCAGACAAGCUGAUAUUUGUUGAUGUUUAAGUGAAAUUUCAUCCAUGUAGGGGUGAAUCUCACAAAACCUGUACCCCAAAAUCACAAGAAAUAAAUGAUAUUUUGUUUAAAGAAACUGAAGGCAAUGUUUAGAACCAUUAAGAUAUUUUUAAAUGUUAUUUUAAUGAAAAUUAAGCACAUUUUUCUUACAGAAUUUUCAUUAGUGUGUCUGUAUGUUUUAGUCUUUUUGUUUUAAUUACAGUAAUAAAUAUUCAGUUGUCAAGGUUCAUCAAAUUUAAAUCAUAAAAAUGUUUUGUAUUUAUGUAUCAUAGUAUUUACUGUGCUGCCUCUUGAUUUAAAAUCAAAGCUUAAUCGAGGAAAUACUUUACAAAAAAUCUAAAUGAUCCUUAAAAACGGGUGUUAUUUUCUUUACACAAGAUAUUUUUCUCUGAUUUUGAAUUGUGGAUUCACCAUUCUAGAGGUUGAUGAAUGCUGGGUAAGCAGGGUUUUGUUCAAACACUACGCAGCGUCACAUGAUCUUCUUUGAGUUUUAUCAGUCAGUGUUCUGCGUUGAAUAACUCUGUUCAAUAGCUGUUCAUGUCUCAUCGUUUGAGAGGGUUUGGUUUGUAAGCAUGUUAGAUCUGUCAUCAGUUUUAUUAGGUUCUUUUGAAUUUUGCAUUUGUGGGGAUUAUUAAAUAAAAAGAUGAUCUUGAA